CCAUUCAAGGUCCCCUCGCUAGAAGAGACGAUCAACCACCCAUCCUACGGGUCGACAGUAUGGGCCCUCGAGCCUCACCGGAGUGGCCUGUGUCCUGCCGCCCAGGAUCGCGGUGGUCCCAUCAACAUAGCCUGGGAGAUUCACGGCGAUGGGCCGAUCAAGCUUGUUCUCAUCAGCGGUCUCGCCGGCGUCCUGGCCAGCUGGCAACGUCAGACGCGCUACUUUGGCCACGACCACGGGUCGCGCUACUCGGUCCUGAUCCUGGAUAACCGCGGCAUGGGGCGAAGCGACAAGCCGCUGGGGCGGUACACGACGAGCGGGAUGGCGCGCGACGUGCUCGACGUCAUCGACCACGUCGGCUGGGGCGGCGACGCCCGCGACAUCCACCUGGUCGGCAUCUCCAUGGGCGGCAUGAUAGCCCAGGAGGUGGCCUGCCUCGCGCCCCGGAGGCUGGCCUCCCUCUCCCUCCUGUGCACCUCGGCGUCCGUCAGCAACACGACGACCCUGCGCGAGUACCUCGUCGAGCGGGCCGGGUUCCUCGUCCCCAAGUCGACCGAGCAGAGCAUAGCCGACACGGCCCGCAAGCUGUUCCACGACGACUGGCUGGGUGCCCCGGACGCCGAAGACGUGCCCUCCCCCGACACGACGCCCCGCUGCGCUGCCGGCGUCACGUACGGCAUGUUCGACUCCAACUUCCAGCGUUUCCAGGCCCAGGAGCUGGCCAAGCGCCGAGCUCCCGGCGUCUUCACAAGGACCGGCUUCCUGUGCCAGCUCGUCGCCGUGCAGUGGCACUCCAAGAGCCCCCAGCAGCUGAAGGAUAUGGCCGACGCUGUGGGCCGUGAGCGCAUCCUUGUCAUGCACGGCACCGACGACCACAUGAUUACGGUGCCGAAUGGCCGCCGCCUCAUCGAUGCUCUACAGCCUGGGACCGGUAUGAUUGUCCAAAACAUGUCGCAUGCGCCUGUCAUGGACCGCUGCAAGUGGUUCAACGAGCUCCUCGAUGAGAAGCUGCAGGCCUGGGCACAGAUCUAG